UGUUAUGAUGCCACAAAGUACAGCAAUGGUAAACCCAGACUUAUUAGUUGUGUAUUCUGUGUGACCUCCUUCCACCUGCUGGCUGCGUCUUUACUUCCAUCAUUACGGUAUUUGACCGGGGGAGACGUGCAGCCCAGCCGCUGAUGUUCAACAUGGCAGUGAUGGCGGUAAUGUACACCACAAGUUGUUUGCUAAUCGCCAACAAACAGAAGAUAUGAAGAAGAAGAAGACAUGGCAGCGGCUCAUCGACUACAUACCCAGAGCAACAAGAACCGAGCUGCUUCUCUCUGGACAAACAUCUCCACACAUCCAUCAGUUUAUACCACACUUCCCUGAUGUCUUUGUUGUUGGACCUUCAAAGCAAGCUGCUGUAAAGGUUUACCUAAAACACUUCUGAUUGGAUGUCUUAAUUAGAGUGUUUUGGGUAUUAUGGUGGUCAACAAGUUCCUCGCAGUUCUUUCACCAGUGUUUCAGUGGAAAGCCUUCCUCCUUCAGCACCUACGAUGGUCCAGCUCUCUCACUCAGGCCCUCACCCUGUGUGUCAUCACGUUUUGUGUCGUCCUUCCUUUGUGCUGCCAUCGUCUACUGUAUUCUUACUACUUCGUGAAGUCCAUGUACCUGGACUCAACGAGUGAGAGCGCCUUGCAGGAGAGCCUUGAGCGAGGUCAGGAUGCUCUCCGCUUCUGGCAGAACAGCUCUGCUUCAGCGUCCUUUAGAUUCGGUGAUGUUGCCCAGCGUCCUGAGCUGCUGGUUACAGUGGUGACAGCCAGGCGGGACGACGGGCAGGACUUCCACUACCUGCUCCAGGUGAUGCGGCAGUUGAGCAGCAUGUUGAGAAGCUGUGGAAAGUCGAAGUGUGCUGAGGUGCUGCUCUGCGACGUGGAAAGCAGUCCUCUGGAGAACCCAGAUGCCAAGCUGCUGGAGCCCCACUUUAAGGUGGUACGACCUGCAGCUGAAGAACGGCAGAACUGGGGUCAAAUCAACACCUUCGAGAGAGAGAAGCGGGAUUAUGUCUUCUGUCUCCACAAGGGGUGGGAGCUGGUCAAGCCCAAAAAUGUGAUUGUCCUGGAGGAUGAUGCUCUGCCAAGAGAGGACUUCUUCCCUGUUAUUAAGAACCUGCUGUCUCGUCGGUUUGCCCUCCACACUCUCUACGUCAAGCUGUACCACCCUGAAAGGUUGCAGCGCUACUGGAACCCAGAGCCCUAUCGUAUCCUGGAGUGGGUCGGGCUCGGGCUGUUCGCAGCAGUAGCUCUGCUCCUGACUAUCACUCACUGGAACCCCUGUUCAUUCUCAUUCACUCUGUCUGUCAGACAUCUCCUCUUCUUCACCCUCUAUUUCAUGGUUGCUGUGGAGCUGAUGGGCAGACACUACUUUCUGGAGGCCCGGAGAAUUUCCCCACAACUUUAUGCCGUCUCCCCAGCCACCGAGUGCUGCACCCCAGCCAUGCUUUUCCCUGGCAAUGCAUCAUUCAGGGUGGCAGGGUAUCUGGGUGAAAAAUUCUGCUACAAAGGGAACGCUAAAGACAUUGUUCUGUACCAGCUGGCCAGAACGAUCCCUGGAGAACGCUCUCACAGCGUGGAACCCAACCUUGUCACCCACAUUGGAGCCUAUUCCUCAGUUAGACCGAACCGAUCCAGACCCAGACUUCUCUGACAGAGUGCUUUGUGGUGAGUGGGGAUGAGCACGGGGCCUUGUUCGGCCUGUCACGAUACGCAAUAAAUCMAUUAACUGUAUGAUAAAUGAAAAUGAGAACAAUAA